AUGCUCCCCGAGGCGGACGCCCUUCGUGACAGCCUCGAGAGAACGCUCGCCAGCGUUCCGCGGCGAUGGUUCACCUUUGAGCAUUGCGAGCUCGAGGUCUCCUUUCGACUCUGGCACCACGUCGUGUACCAGCGAGAGCUUCGUGCAGGCUUGCUCAUCGCCAACUUUCUCUACCUCGCGUGCGCCAUCGCCUUCACCUCGUGGGAGAAUCUACAGCACGCCGCGCCCGGAAAUCAAACCUCCGCCGAGGCUCCUGCAGCCCGGAGCGGCUCGUCUGAUCCGUACGAGCUGCUCAAGUUUGGGAUGGAGGCUACUAUCGUCGUCGUCCUCUCCCUCUCGUUUGCGCUCUCAUUUGCGCCGUGCGUGUCCCACCGCCCACAGCUCUUCACGGCGGUCGUGCUGCUGCUCGUCACUGGUUUUGUCACCGUCCGCUCGGCCCUCAACGCGGACGGCGUCUUCUCUGCUCCGGCGCUACUAAUCAUCAUCGUCUGCUUUGGGCUCGGCGCCUCGCUGCUGCGGAUGAUGUGCCAGGCAACCCUCAUCGUCGGCGCGCUGCUUAACCUCCUCUACGGCGCGUUUGCCAUCGCCCAGGCCUCCGACGCGCCUCCAGGCGCCGGCUGGUUUCCCGUCGCACUCUGCUUCUCCACGCUCACUUGCGUCAUCGCGGCGCGAUCCCUCGAGCGGGCGCAGCGCGACCUCUUCCUGAUGCAGCUCGCGCAGACGCGCGCCGACAGGGCGAGCGCCGACAGGGCGAGUGCGAGAGGUAGCUUCCAGCACCACUCGCUCGCUGGCGCGGCUGCGCCGGCGACUUCGCUCGUGUCCCCUCUCCUCGCCGCAGCCGCCGCCGCUGCAUCUGACCGGGCCGCUGCGCCCGCCGAGUCGACGGGCGCGGACGCCUACUCGACGCCCCUCCCGCCGAGCAGCGGCGUCGCGCUGCACCGCGCCGUCCUCUCUUCGCUGCACGAGCUGCUGCAGCUCCGCGGCCUCACUUCGGGCGCUCACUCGCUCGAGGCGGCGUCGCUCUUCCGGCUGCACAACGAGACGCUCAACGUGUGGACCGAACUACUGCCCGCGGCGGUGUUUGCGGGCUGGGCGGCCGAGAUGCUGCACGCCCACGAGGCCGCGCCGCUCCACGACCGCUACAUCGUCGGCGCCGGCUUGGUGUGCGCGAACGUGCUGCGGCCGCUCUGCUCGGGCCUCGCGCACUUGUUGCACUGCACCUCCGCCACCGGCUACAUCGCCUGGUGGUCAUGCGACUACAUCUCCAUCUCGCUCGCUAUACUGACCACGGCGUCCGUCUACGGCCGCUUCGCUUUCUACUGCUCGACGCAGCUGCAGGUCCUCUUCUUCGCCUCGACCCUCGGCCUGCUCUCCACCUCGCUCGUCGCGGUGCUCGUGUCGGGAGACUCGUCGCCCGUGCUGCGGAACAUGGCCUUCCUCCUCUUCUGCGUCUUCUCGAACGGCACACGCCCCGCCCACCACGCACCGGCCCGCGCUGAUCUCGCCCCCGGCGCGGCUGCAGGGGUGCCCUUCAUCUACGAGCUCUCGCUCCAGUACGGCCACGGACCUGUCCAUGUGGCCGUGCCGUCCCCGUACAUCUGGUACUGGUCCGCCUCGAUGGGCACCUUUGUGCUCGGCCUCCUCGUCAAGGGAUCUGGCUUGCCCGAACGGGCGCUGCAGCCCGCUCCGUUGGCGGACCUUCUCUUUACGAGCCACCAGCUGUGGCACUGCCUCGUCAAUCUCGCCUUUGCGCUCGGCACCUUUCGUGCUUGGGACGUCUACUUGAGCUGGCGACCUGAAUGCAUCGACCCGGACAGUUGA